AUCUAAGCUGAGUACUAGGUAGCGAGGCUAGAGAAAAUGAAUGUGUUGAUCGUGCAGGACAGUGAACAGAGUUGAGGCUCUAGAAGUCGAGCUGGUCAGAUCACAGAGGGGCACGUGUGGGACAGGAGCUUCUGGUGGUUCGAACUUGCUCCUGAGAGCAAGUGGGAGCCACUGGAGAGGUCGGACCCAGAGAGGACGAGCGCUCCUAGAGCGCCAGCUCCUGGAAAACAGCCCCGUUUGGUGCCUUGUGACCAGGAUCCCGAAGGUUCAUUAGCUGGAGACCUCGAGUCCCUUAGGCAGUUGGCGCAGGGUCCUCACAAGUGGCUGCGCACGGCUGCGGACCGUCCCAGCAAGGGCUCCAGGCGACUAGCCUAUGGGGAGCCACGCCUCUGCGCGCCGGCCGAGCGGCCGCCCCGGAAAUGACGCGCUGCCCCGCUGGCCGUGCGGAAGUGGCGAUGGCGGAGCUGUACGUGAAGCCGGGCAACCAGGAGCGCGGCUGGAACGACCCGCCGCAGUUCUCAUACGGGCUGCAGACCCAGGCUGGCGGGCCCAAGCGCACGCCACUCACCAAGAGGGUCGCCGCUCCCCAGGAUGGAUCCCCCAGAGGCAAGUUGGCUUUAACCAGGAAAGUUGGACAAUAGGAGGUGAUAAAGGAGUCCCCACCUCAGAGACUUCUGGGCUUCCCGCAAUGGGGCCUCCACCUCCUUCAAGUAAGGUUCCCAGGCCCCCACCUGUGGGGAGUUGUCCUGCCUUUGGUGUGGAGCCCACAAGUUUCCCAGUUGAGUCUGAAGCUCUGAUGGAGGAUGUGCUGGGACCUUUGGAACAGGCAUUGGAGGAUUGCCGUGGCCACACGAGGAAGCAGGUAUGUGAUGACAUCAGUCGACGCCUGGCACUGCUGCAGGAACAGUGGGCUGGAGGGAAGUUGUCAAUGCCUGUAAAGAAGAGGAUGGCUAUACUAGUGCGAGAGCUUUCAAACCACCAGUGGGAUGCAGCAGAUGACAUCCACCGCUCACUCAUGGUUGACCAUGUGACUGAGGUCAGUCAAUGGAUGGUGGGAGUUAAAAGAUUAAUUGCGGAAAAGAGGAGCCUGUCUGCAGAGGAGGAGGCCAAUGAAGAGAAAUCUGCUGCCACAGCUGAGGAGAACCAGACCAUACCAGGCUUCCAGCAGGCUCCAUAAUCCUGUGGGUUCCCCAGACUCACCUGACACAAUCUCCUAUGCCUUGGUGUGGGAGGCCUUCUUUCACUUGGCUUCCUCUUACCACCAGGGAGGCUGUCUGUCUCAUUCAACCUGACUUACCUCUGUGGGAAGAGGUUCCACCUGGGCCAGAGGGAUGUCGUUUGUUACCCAUUAACACAUGCAAUUCAAUAAAAACAUCUCAGUGGUGGGCUUUGGGUAGGUGGGAGAGAUAGAUGAGCCCUUCCUAUGCCAAACUGGUCCCCUCUGUUGUCCUCAACUUCCCUGCUCCCUGUGUACCCUGCAAACUGCUGUUCUCCUUCCUCCAUUUAUCAUGAAGGGCCUUGCUGGGCACGACCAGAUUGCUGACUACCACUUUCCCCAAGAUUAGACUAAAAAGCACAUUCCUCAAAGACUGUCCUGUUUGCACUGUAUCACCCUUGAGGUGCCACAGAGAUUAGAAACACAUUGGGGUUUUUGCUGUGUAAACUGAAGGAUAAAAAAAACCAGAUUACUGAGA